AAGCCUCAAACACACGCACAGACACACACACACUCCCACGCACGGACUGAACCACCGCAAACUGUUCCAGCCCCCCUCCUCCCCCCACCCUGUGACAUCAUGGCCUUCUUUAGAAGUGGAUUCAGUCUGGAGGAGGAGACGAGCGCGCGAGGAGACAGGAAGACCCGUAAACCACUGGUGGAGAAGAAGAGAAGGGCAAGGAUUAAUGAAAGCCUUCAGGAGCUCCGCAACCUCAUCACUGACACAGAGUUGCAGGCAAAAAUGGAGAAUGCAGAAGUGCUUGAGCUGACAGUGAAGAGAGUGGAGAACAUCCUGCAGCAGCAAACUAAUGAGGAGGACACCAUGAAUCACGAGGCCAGUGAGCGAUUCGCUGCUGGCUACAUCCAGUGCAUGCAUGAAGUUCACACCUUUGUGUCCACUUGUCCCGGGAUCGACGCCGCAGUCGCCGCAGAGUUACUAAACCACCUGCUGGAGUGCAUGCCCUUACAUGACGAGAGCCUGCCAGAGGCCCUGCUGGACCUGAUGGCUGACCAGUCGAUGACCUCCGCCUUGCUGAGCCCAACCAGAGCAGGGAGUGAGGCGCCUGCAGCACUGUCCCCAACAUCAUCCUCGUCCUCCUCCGGCGAGGACCUGUGCUCAGACCUGGAGGAGACGGACGGAGAGUCCAGUCCGGCUCCAGCUGAGGAGGGCCGGCCUACUAUUACCUACAACGCUUCCAUGUGGAGACCCUGGUAGGACUCCAAAGACUCGGAAAGAACAAGGACUUUCUCUGCUACACCCAGCUCUUUAUUCACUGGAUCUAUUCAGACAAUGCCUUAAUAUGAAUUCUUUAAUAGCAAGUUAGAUCUACUGUAACUGUAAUACAUUGUAGUUUUUUAAAAUGAUUUAAGGUAUGAACAUUUCUUCUCUCUUCUAUAAAGUUACCAAGUCUGUCUUCACAACAUCCACUGCUUUAUGAAACCAGAUAUAACAUAUGGACAAAAGUACUCGAACACCUGUUUCUUUCCCAAAAUCAACAGUAUUUAAAGUUCCUCAGUUGCUUGGAGCAGUACUGGGAUAAUUUGAGUGCAUUCAGCAUUCCAAAAUUAUUAUUUUUUGGACUAAGAAGAAUCCUUUAUUUCAAAAACAUAAAGUUUCUAGGCUCCACUACUCAAUGCUGGAGUAGCCCUAGCAUAUAUUUAAAUCUACUGGCAGUACUUCUCUACAUUGACUAGACCACAUUUUUACAUAUGGUGUAAAACAUCAGGUGAUAUAGAUUUAAUAUAGAUAAUAUUAAUAAUAUUAAUAAUACUAAUUAGAUUUGAUGAUAGAAAGACCAGAUUUAUCUUUAGAAGAACCACAUUUAACAUAAAGAGAACAUAUUUUUUAACAUUAGGAGAAUUAGAUUUACAUUUAUGAGAAUCCUAUUUAUUUUUAGUGGGACUAGAAGUAACAUCUGAGGACCAGACAAGCAUUAGGAGAACUAGAUGCAUUAACAGGAGAACACAAUUUAACAUUAGGACAAAUAGAUAAGACAGCAGAAGAUGGAUUAAAUGAAUUUAAUGCUAGCAGGUUCAGAUUUAUAAUCAGGAGAUUUAUUACCACAAAAACAAGAUUUAUCACCAUAAUAACCAGAUUGAUCACCAUGAUAACCAGUUUUAUCACCACAAUUUUUUCAUUAUCACACUUAACAGAUUUAUCAACACGAUAACCAGAUUGAUCACCAAGAUCACCAAGAAGUCAGAUUCAUCACCCCAAUAACCGGUUUUAUUACCACGAUAACUAGAUUUAUCAUCACAAUAACCAGAUUUAUCACCACGAUAACAAGUUUUAUUACCACAAUAACUAGAUUUAUCACCAUGAUAACCAGAUUUAUCACCACUAUAACCAGAUUUAUCACCACAAUAAUCAGAUUUAUAACCACUAUAACCAGAUUAAUCACCAGAAUAACUAGAUUUAACAUCAGGAGAAUCAUUGAGAGAAAAGGAACCAGAUUUAUCAUCAGGGAAACCAGCAAUAUCAUGACAAUAUCCCAAGCUAACAGCAGGAGAAUCAUUUACAUUGGAAGAAUCAGAUAUAACAUUAGGAUUAUCCGCUAAACAGCAUGUGUCACCUGGAGAACUUUUAUUAAUGCAUUAAUUUAUUAGUUUAAUACCAGAAGAACCACGUUUAACAUAAUGACAGCAACAUUUGUUUUAUUUAGUAAAAAAAAAUUAUCUGGACCCACUUCUAAUUGAUAAAUUAGCCAUUAGGUGUAAAAAGCCCCCCACCUUUGGGCUGUGUUCUUCUCUGGUAGAGCUCUAUUCACUCAAAACUCACACAAAAAAACUUUUUUUUUAUUAUUUCAAUCUGUUUGGAGUGUCUGAAACUAAUCAUCCAACAUCAGAAUCUGACCACCGUCAUGUUCACAGGAGGCUGAAUGCAAUCAAAUCCUCAUCACAGCAGUGCUUCAAGAUUUAGUAUCAUAAUGUUUUUGCAACAAAGGGGAAAACUCCUGGCAAAAACCCUUCAUUUCAGACUAAAUGACAGAGGAGCAGGUGUUCUAAAGUGUUGAGAAAUUCAGCUAUAAUCAGCUUUUUCUUCACGUCAGAUCCUCCAGUAUUUGCCUUAAAGAGCUUGUCAGGUUGUAAGUUAGGUAAACAGAAAGUGUAUUACAUUAGCUAUAUUAGUUUGUAUGAUCAUGUUUUGGGUCAUUAAGUCCUCAUGUUGGAUUUUCGUGUCACUGUUGUUAAAAUUAUUGAAAAAAGUAGCAUAGGAUAUUUUUAUUCCCCAACUUGAGGCAAUUAUCGUUUAUUAGUGAAGGGAAGAUUUGAUACUGUAUACUGUUGCUUUUUGCUGUGUUUUAUAGAUAAUAAUUAUUAAUGAUAAUAGAUGAUCAUAAUUUAAUGAGCUAUUAUUAGACUAUGUGCUGUUAUUUAAGGUGUUAAAUUAAAUAUUUUAACACAGUUCAGUGUUCCUUGCCUGAGUCCAGAUUACUACAGUAUAAGAGCUAGACACAUAAACACAGAGACAACCUGCACUGAUACAUAUAGUUAUACUAUAUUUCAUCGAUAUUUUAUCAAUGAAGUAUUACAUUCUGUUAUUUUGCCACAAAUAUAUUGAACACAAAUUGUACACAUUUGCUUUGGGACUACUUUUUGUCCCGCAACAGCUUGCAUGUGUUUAUCCAUCACUUAUAUGGAUUAUAAUGCUGUACUUCAGCAGAGAGGUUAUACUGCUCCUUUAAUAUCUGACUGAUAAAAUUCAUACGUAAGUCAUGCCUGAUUAUAAGGUGCACUGUCAAUUUUGGGAGAACUAAAGUGUUUUAAGUGCGCCUUAUAGUGCAAAUAAUAUGGCAAUAACUGCCUGCGAGCUUCAGAAAAUUUGAUAAUGCUAAAAUAAAGGAUGCUAAAGUGAUGCACUUAAAAAAAAGUCUUAAAAAGCUUGUAUUACUGGGUUAAAAUACUAAGAAAAAUAAGAAUAAAUCAUAUAAAAUAUAUAUAAAAAUACACAAUGAAAACAAAUACAUAACGAAUAUACAUAUUCAAUAAAUUCAUUUAAGCUAAUAAUACAUUAAGGGUGACCCUAAUUUGCUGUACAGUGUAGAUGAGCAUUAUACAGAAAGCGGCUGAAAAUAGUAUGUAUACAUUACUGAUUCUGAUUUCUGUACGACACUAUGACCACUAAUUUAUUCCUAAAAAUAAUGCGUAAAAAUAAAACUAGGAAACAGUAAAAAAAAAAUCUAAAGGAUUUCUAAGUAAAAUUUUCAUCAGAGAAAAAUCAUAAUAAUUAAAUAUUAGGAAUAAAUAAACAAAAAAAAAAUGUAAAGCUAAAAUACCAGUAAUAAAACUUAAAAGAACAAAAUAAAAAUAAGUAAAUGACAACAAAACAAGUGAUUCAUCAGAAUAAAAAAAUAAUUUGUUGUUAUAAUAUAAUUAUAAUUAUAAUAUACAGAAUAUUAUAAUAUACAAUUCUAAUAAGUGGAGUGGGGUUGGUUAGAUGUUAAAAAUGCUUAUUUUUAAAAAUAAAUUCCAGUUCAGUGGUGGACUUGUGGUGAAGCUAGAAUCUUCAAAACUGGUUUUAAGGGGAAUAAGACAAUAUAAGUUAGUAGUACUAGUAACAUAGUUACAAGGUAUUUACAUAGAUAGUUUUAUAAUGAAUUGUAUUCACAUGUAACAUAUUUUCCAUUCUGUAUCGAGUUUUUGCCAACAAUGUUGUAAAGAAUAAAAUCUUUUAUACACAGUAA